AUUCUAGAGUACAUACUUAUCCCUCUACCAUGCCGUGCAGCGUUACCGCAAGGUAGGUACAUAUCACAUCGAAACUCUCCGAUCGAUCAUCACGCCGCCACGCUUACCUUCUUGCCCGCGCUGUUGGCCCAGGCCGCCAGCUUCUCCAGGAGCGCGUCGCCGUCGAUGCCCGAGCCGUCCGCGACGUCAACAGUCACUUUCUGCGUUUCGAGGUCCGGCUCCACCUUAUUCACGCCGUCGACCUUCGUGAGGAUGCGCGUGAUCGCGCCGGAGCAGCCGCCGCACCUGCGCGUUCGAUCGUGUCCGUCCCGCGUUCGACGCGACGUUGUAAUUGCGUCUGCUCGAUGGCGUGGA